CACUCGUCUCUAACAUUUCUGCAUCUCUCUCUCUCUCUCAGACUCUCAGUAGAAUGAGCCAGUGCGUCCCAAGCUGGGACCUCCAUGAGAGCACCAAUUCAGCUAGACCCGCGCUGCAGGGAGACCCAAGCACCAACUCUACGCCACCUGAGGAGGCCAUGUUAGACUACGAGGUGGCGGAGCUGACGUGGGAGAACGGCCAGCUAAUGAUGCACGGGCACGGCCUCCCUCGGAUCGCCGGCAAGACUCUCUCGAAGUACGCGUGGGAAAAACCACGUGCAGGCGGCACGCUCGAGUCGAUCGUCAACCAGGCCGCGUGUCCGCCUCCACCCCAGGCCGCGGGGGAACUGGUGCCGGGCCUGAGCAUGGACGCUCUGGUCCCGUGCUCGAACCCCACCCAUUUCCCUGACGAGCACCCGACACGUGUCCCCGAUCCGAAGCGUGGCGACCUCGGCGCCCGUGUGGUGGGCUCGUGUAGCGAGGAGAAAGUGGCUGAGGCCGAGGCUGCCGCGAGGAAGCGUCCGAGGGUGGCACGCGCGGCGCACGAGUGGAGUGGCCGCGCUAGCACGAGCAUGGCGAGUGGUAGUGAGAGCAGGCACGUGACGAUAGACACGUGUGAGAUGGAUCCAGACAUGGGGAUUGCAUCCACCUCCCUGGGAUCGCCCGAGGACACGAGCUUUGGGCUGCCGUUGUCGUCCCGCUCUCUGCCUACUACCGUCGACGAUCACGACUCGGUCUGUCAUAGCACAUCUCAGAUGGAGGAGGGAGGAGGUGAGGAUGAGAAGGGCAAAACGGGGAAAUCGUCCACUUCGACGAAGAGGAGUAGGACCGCUGCAGUCCAUAACCAGUCCGAACGUAAAAGAAGAGACAAGAUCAACGAACGUAUGAAAACGCUACAAAAGAUGCUACCAAAUUCCUGUAAGACAGAUAAAGCAUCAGUGCUAGAUGAGGUGAUCGACUACUUGAAGCAAUUGCAAGCCCAAGUACAGAUAAUGAGCAAGAUGAGCAGCAUUCCUCACAUGAUGAUGCCAAUGGCUAUGCAACAGCUUCAGAUGUCUAUGAUGGCCCAGAUGGGUAUGGAGAUGAUGGAAAUCAACUCCAUUAAUGGACCGGGCCACCCGGCCGUCGUGCCCCCAAUGAUCCACUCUACUAAUUUCUCGCCAAUGACGGCGUCAUGGGACGGUUCACGUGAUAGAUUACACAUGGCAGGCGGGACGUCUCCAGAUCUUUUCUCAGCCUUCCUCAAUUACCAAACACAGCAAUCUAUGAAUUUGGAAGCUUACAGCAGGAUGGCAGCCUUGUAUCAACAGCUACAGCAACCAACACAACCACCACCCAAUUCAAAUAUUUAAAAUAGGAAGUGAAAAGUAAUGAAAUGUAUUAAUGUUCCUUCUGC